CUAACUUCUUCCGGUUAACACUUCCGGCGUAGAAAGAGUCCAUGCUUGCUCUGCUUCAGAAAACAUCGACAAUUGCUCUAAAUCAACUGGAUAAAGUCACAUUUUAAACAGGUAACGUUAAUGAAAUGUGCUUUCUGUCUUCCACUGUUAGAUAAAAGCAUUAGUUGUAUCGCUAUAUGAACGUGUUUAUAGCCUCAAGCUACAAGCUAAUUUAGCUAGCUAUCGUUAGCUGCAACAAGAUUCUAGCUAAUUAGCUUGUAAGCUUGCACCACAGAUAGCACAAUGGGUUAGUUAUAAAACUCUUUGCUUGCACACUUCAGUGCUGACAUUACCGUUCUCCUAGCAACAUGAUAUUAUACUGGCAGUCCCCCUGCAAAGACAUGCUAAACUUUGGUAAUAUACAUUUUUUUAGCACUCUAGUGCAGUACAACCAAAGAUGUUUAUAACUAAACCAAGAUAGACCACAGCCUGUCGUUUCUAAUGGGAACUAAUGAGUAAUAGUGGGCAGAACAAACAAGGAGGUGGGCAGAGCCAAACACGAGCUAGCGAGAUCCUAUUUGCCCGUUCUAGCCACAUCUGCAUAUUUCCGUUAGGGAACGCCUACUCUGUGCAAAAAACUGAAAUCGCCUUUGCACGCCUAAACAACGCGAUUUUUUACAACUUUGACAAAGGUUAAAGUCUACAAAACGCAGUCCACUCUGUUCAUAACAUAUUAUAGUUUUGGGAACAGAAAACCGUACUGAGAUCAAAUGUUUCAUCAAUGAGAAAAUGUGCAGAAUGUUGGCCGAAAUCCAUCUUCUCCAACAGCCGGCUACUCGGCUUUCUCUCAUAGCCUGCUGCUGGCUUUUCACUCCGCCCACUCUAUAGGUCCCAAUGCAAUACACUGUAAUAGACUGUACAUGGGAUACAUAUUGGCUUGUAGAGAGAAUAUUUCGACCAGUCUCAGCUAAAGUGGGUUGGGAAAUACUCAGUAGUCAUUGUACUCAUUGUCUUUUGUUUGGAGUGCUCCAUGUGAGCAUGGGUGUUGUUAAUGUUGAGGGAGCACGCGCGCCUGAGCACGCAUAGAAGUAGCCUACUUGUCCUGCUACGGGCAAAUGUAAGAAAAUGCCCAUUAAAUCACCACGUCCACCACUAAAAAGCUGAGCUUCUCAGUCAUUUUUUCUUCACCUCACACAGUAAGUCAACAAAGUAUUAUUAUAUAUAUUUUUUUCAUCCAUUGCGAAUGAUAGCCUAAUAGUUCCUCACAGUAGGCCUAUUUGAAAACAAUUUCCAACAAUCUCCCCCUCGAUAAUCACCAAGCCUCGGUGUGAAACAGCAAAAUAUCACAAUCGGAUGAUUCCAUAUAUUCAGUGGAAAAGUCAUAAAAUACCUUCCCCUUGCUCAAAAACACGGGAAACUCUGAGGGCCCGUAAUAGACUCGUUGAUCGUUGCAAGUUCGCUAGAGACAGCUUCCGGCCGGUUCCAGUUGAUUGAUUUGAUACAAUGUUGCACUUCACUAGUGAUAGCUCAAGCCAAGACCGAUAGAAAGGGAGGGAGACAGGCAGAGUAUAGAGAUGAAUGUGAAAGAACCGGAAUUUUCAGCAGUAUAUUUUAUACUGUUUUUAUUUGUCGGCUUUAUGUAUUUUUUAUCGGCAUUAAAAAAAAUUGCGUCCAAAAAACGGAAAUUACCAGCUAACGCAAACCCUGGUAGAGACCCUACUGAGUAUUUCCCAACCCACUUUAGCUGAGACAACUUUUCUACCUUUCUCUCUACAAGCCAAUAUAUUUCCCAUGUACAGUCUAUUACAGUAUAUUGCAUUGGGCAUUCAAGAUGGGACUGAGAACGAAGUGCUGCUGGGUAUGUAGGACACAGUCCCACUCCAAGCUAACCAUAUUUGGUCAGUAGAGAAACUACUGAGUAUUUCCCACCCCACUUUAGCUGAGAUGGGUAGAAAAGUUCUCUCUCUAUAGACCAAUAUUCUCAACAUACAAGUGUCAACAUUGUAUUUUUUAAUUAUUGGUAUUAAUAAUGUAUUUAAAACCUUUUUACCCCUUUUUUAAAAUAUAUAUAUAAAUGACUCAUUGCAUUUUCUUGUCACAAUAGAAGUGGCCAUUGAUUUAAAAUUCUAUAUCUUUUGAGUUAUCCACGUUGCAGUGUUUUGAAAUGCAGUCUUUUUUUUGGGGGGGGGGGUUCUCAUUACCAUACGAAAGUGAUGUCAUUGUUUGUGCUGCUGGCAGAAUACUAAUAGUGUAGCUACUGCCGCUUUCCAGACAUCAUUUGACUAUAGCACACAUACAUAACGUAUUUGUUGUUAUUUGCUUAGUAGCGAGUCAGCUACCGAGCUAACUGGUAUAACUACGUCCCAGGCUGUGCACCUGAUUCUCCAGUUUGAUGGUUUGUUUGUUGUCAGUCAGCAGGAUGUCCAGUUCGGACGUGUCCUCCUCUCCCAAAUCAACACAGGCUAAAACCCAACAUCCUGACAACAACUCCAAACCAGUAACCAAACAGAACCCUGUCCCUGCCUCCCCUCCCCUCCGUGGUCUGAAGCUGGCCCCCCACAGGGUGCUGGAGCAGGCACAGCAGAGGGGCAGGCUGAAGUGUUCUAGCUGCGGAGGCUCCCGGAUGUUCUUCUGCUACACCUGCUGUUCUUUAGUGGGCGUCAGCCAGCAGGAAAUCCCCUCCGUCAAGGUCAGGGAAAGAUCUGGGUCUCGGUUCACCUUAUUGGUCCUAUUAUGCACAACACAACACAGGCUUGUAGUGGUUUAAUCUGAUUGGUCUUAUUAAAGCACUAGCCUGCAGAGAUGGGUGUCAGAGAUAGUAGUACUACUUACGGUGCCUCACACACAAGAUUGAAGUGUUCUUCGGUUCUGGUGCAGAUGCAGGCUUUUGUUACAGCCCAGCAUGAAAGAACACAUCUGAUUCAAGUAAUUAUCAAGCUUAUGGUGUAGGUAUAGAUACACGUUUUAGACACAAUUCACAGUACAUGUGUUGACUGUUGUUGUUAAUACCUGAACUGUAAUUGAUGAACAUGGUUGGUCACACUGUAAAGUUCCUCUAACUGUGUAAUUGAUGAACAUGGUUGGUCACACUGUAAAGUUCCUCUAACUGUGUAAUUGAUGAACAUGGUUGGUCACACUGUAAAGUUCCUCUAACUGUGUAAUUGAUGAACAUGGUUGGUCACACUGUAAAGUUCCUCUAACUGUUGUGUUUCAGCUCCCUAUAAAGAUUGACAUCAUCAAGCAUCCCAGUGAGGUUGAUGGGAAGAGCACAGCCAUACACGCCAAGAUCCUCGCUCCUGAUGAUGUCACCAUCUACACCUACCCCUGCAUACCUGAGUAUGAAGAUGAAACAGACAAAGUUAGUCAGCUUUCCUCAUCUUCAUAUGAACAAAUAUACAGAGAACAACUUUGUCUAUCAUAUACAUAAAAAUGAAUGUCAUUCUAACGUAACCUGAUUAGAUAACAUUAAUACCAUUUGUAUUGACUUGAAAUGACAAGUAUUAUGUGCGUGUUCGUGUGUGUGCGUGCAUGUUUAGGUAGUGCUGGUGUUCCCUGGUCCUGGAUCAGUCUCGGUGGAGGAGAUGUCGCAGAGAUUACAGAACCUGGCUGACAUGAAGUCAGCUGCCUCCCCAGAGGAGGAACCUUCCCCGAAGAGGCCCAAAGCUGAGGAGGCGCCAGGGGCCACACAGCAGGCUGAGGGACAGACAUCAGGGGCCACGCACACAGAAGAGAGGGGAGGGGAAGCAGGGUUAGAGGGCCAAACUGAGACACCAGGGGCCUGUCCCCUCCAGAGAGUGGUGUUCAUCGACAGCACAUGGAACCAGACCAACAGAAUCAUCACAGAUGAGAGACUACAGGGUAAUUAUGAUAGAUAUAGCAUUGAUGUAGCUUAAAGUGCUGUACAUUAUAUGAGGGGGAACUACUUUGUUAUUACCUAGUUAUAGCCUACAACUAAAGCCCAGAGUUUUUACUGGUCGGGUCACAACGUGAACAGUAAAAACUCCUGGCCCUGCUAAUGACUGUUCCUCUCUCUGUCCAUGCAGCGUUGCUCCGUGUGGAGCUAAAGCCCUGCUAAUGACUGAUGGACUGUGCCUCUCUCUGUCCCUGCAGCGUUGCUCCGUGUGGAGCUAAAGCCCUGCUAAUGACUGAUGGACUGUUCCUCUCUCUGUCCCUGCAGCGUUGCUCCGUGUGGAGCUAAAGCCCUGCUAAUGACUGUUCCUCUCUCUGUCCCUGCAGCGUUGCUCCGUGUGGAGCUAAAGCCCUGCUAAUGGCUGAUGGACUGUUCCUCUCUCUGUCCCUGCAGCGUUGCUCCGUGUGGAGCUAAAGCCCUGCUAAUGACUGAUGGACUGUUCCUCUCUCUGUCCCUGCAGCGUUGCUCCGUGUGGAGCUAAAGCCCUGCUAAUGACUGUUCCUCUCUCUGUCCCUGCAGCGUUGCUCCGUGUGGAGCUAAAGCCCUGCUAAUGACUGAUGGACUGUUCCUCUCUCUGUCCCUGCAGCGUUGCUCCGUGUGGAGCUAAAGCCCUGCUAAUGACUGAUGGACUGUUCCUCUCUCUGUCCCUGCAGCGUUGCUCCGUGUGGAGCUAAAGCCCUGCUAAUGGCUGUUCCUCUCUCUGUCCCUGCAGCGUUGCUCCGUGUGGAGCUAAAGCCCUGCUAAUGGCUGAUGGACUGUUCCUCUCUCUGUCCCUGCAGCGUUGCUCCGUGUGGAGCUAAAGCCCUGCUAAUGACUGUUCCUCUCUCUGUCCCUGCAGCGUUGCUCCGUGUGGAGCUAAAGCCCUGCUAAUGACUGUUCCUCUCUCUGUCCCUGCAGCGUUGCUCCGUGUGGAGCUAAAGCCCUGCUAAUGGCUGAUGGACUGUUCCUCUCUCUGUCCCUGCAGCGUUGCUCCGUGUGGAGCUAAAGCCCUGCUAAUGACUGAUGGACUGUUCCUCUCUCUGUCCCUGCAGCGUUGCUCCGUGUGGAGCUAAAGCCCUGCUAAUGACUGAUGGACUGUUCCUCUCUCUGUCCCUGCAGCGUUGCUCCGUGUGGAGCUAAAGCCCUGCUAAUGACUGUUCCUCUCUCUGUCCCUGCAGCGUUGCUCCGUGUGGAGCUAAAGCCCUGCUAAUGACUGUUCCUCUCUCUGUCCCUGCAGCGUUGCUCCGUGUGGAGCUAAAGCCCUGCUAAUGACUGUUCCUCUCUCUGUCCAUGCAGCGUUGCUCCGUGUGGAGCUAAAGCCCUGCUAAUGACUGAUGGACUGUUCCUCUCUCUGUCCCUGCAGCGUUGCUCCGUGUGGAGCUAAAGCCCUGCUAAUGACUGACGGACUGUUCCUCUCUCUGUCCCUGCAGCGUUGCUCCGUGUGGAGCUAAAGCCCUGCUAAUGACUGUUCCUCUCUCUGUCCCUGCAGCGUUGCUCCGUGUGGAGCUAAAGCCCUGCUAAUGACUGUUCCUCUCUCUGUCCCUGCAGCGUUGCUCCGUGUGGAGCUAAAGCCCUGCUAAUGACUGAUGGACUGUUCCUCUCUCUGUCCCUGCAGCGUUGCUCCGUGUGGAGCUAAAGCCCUGCUAAUGACUGACGGACUGUUCCUCUCUCUGUCCCUGCAGCGUUGCUCCGUGUGGAGCUAAAGCCCUGCUAAUGACUGAUGGACUGUUCCUCUCUCUGUCCCUGCAGCGUUGCUCCGUGUGGAGCUGAAGACCAGGAAGACAUGUUUCUGGCGCCAUCAGAAGGGUUCUCCAGACACCUACCUGGCAACCAUAGAGGCUGUCUACUACUUCCUCAAGGACUACCAGGAGUUGUGUCUGAGACAGGAGUACACAGGACAGUAUGACAACCUGAUGUACUUCUACUGUUACCUACACACACUGAUCAACAAUGCUAAGACAACCGCUGGGAGACGCUGAGACUGCAGGGAGGAGACAGAGAGAGGCCAAAACUACCGCAGGAAGACGCUGAGACUGGAGACAAGAACCUACCUACACACAAUCACCACCAAGGCCAAAAAAUAUAUAAUCGCUGACAACCUUUUUAUGAGAGUAAAGUAGGUCAGAUAAAAUGUCACAACAGGCCUGAUGUAAACUUUCCAAAUGUCGACAAA